AUGGCGGGAGGUGCGCCUCGAGGAGGGGAUCACAACAUCCCUGGUGAUUCCAAAAUCGAAGCUCGGGAACGGCCGAAAAGAGGCAAAAAUAUGGCAAAGAGCGGCGGCGACGCUGGGUUCCAGUGGGGCUUGGUUGAUUUUUCUGGCGAGGAGUUUACGGGGCGUAAUUCUCUUUUUAUAGAUGAAGUCGAAGUCACAGCUUCAUUGGAAGAGUGA